UAAAAAAAACUACUAAUGAGUAAAACAAUUAACAACUAAGUGACAAGUAAAUACGCUUAGCGACGUCUUUUACGGCCACAGCAUCGGUACAACUGUCGCUUUCCACUCGCUGUCACCUCAGCCUCUCGCCCUGUUCUUCGCACAUCGUUGGCCCGACUACAUUUACCGUCGUUCAGUGCACAAUGCGCUCUCGACCAAUCGGAAUCCGUCGAUUUUGGCGCUGAUCGUCGAGACUGGGGCCUGCAGCAGGGCGCCUUUGUUACAGCUAGAGGGAGAGAAAGGCGAUUAGCCCUGGCGGAAAACGUUUUACCGCAUGAUGCCAAAUCUAGUAGGGUAAACAUUAUCAAUUAGCAGGGAACAACAAACAAGCAAAAAAAGAGAGAGAGAGAGAGAGAGAAAAAUAACAACCAUCCAAGUAGACAUUGUUGGGCACAUCUGCGAUCACCAUGCAGCCGGGCACCGAGUGAGCGAAUAGCCCCAUUCCUCGAUUGAGCGUCGCGGCCUUCUCCUGCAGACACCUCCAGCGGUCUCUUUUGUUGUGCUCUGAUUGUGUAUUGCAUCAGGAAACGCCAACACUGGGGGUCUGGUUAGAAUGGAACACAGUGCAGGCCCUGUAAAAGAAAGGGAAUGUUAAGGAUGCUGGAGCAGAACAAUGGAUUUCUCCUUCUCUUUCAUGCAAGGGAUCAUGGGAAACACAAUUCAGCAACCCCCUCAACUAAUUGACUCGGCUAAUAUCCGCCAAGACGAAGUGUAUGAUGCUGGCAGUGAAAAUGGUGAUGAUGUUGUGCCAUCAGCCUAUGGUGCUGCCCUGGAGACUGGUUUUUCUUUACCUCCUUCAACCACUGAUGAUUUGCCUUCAGUCCCCAAUGGCUACCCCGCAAACAUUAGCCUUUAUGAGUCACAGACCAAGUACCCUGUGUAUUCUCAGUUUCCUAAUGGGUCUGCUAAUGGAUAUUCUGCCAUUCGAAGUUAUAGUACCAGUGAUAAUCACUGUCUUCUUUCACCUGAAAAUACCACGUUAAGGCCUUCAGUUCAUGAGAAGGUCCCUGCUUCUCCUUCACCUUCUCAGUUGGCUUCUCCAGUUCUUCCAUCCUUAAUCCUUCCUUCAUCACCACCCCCUACACUUCCUUCUAUUACAACUGUAAUAACUACUCCACCUCAAUCUCAACUGCCUAUUACUCCCAAAAAGAAUAGUUCCCCUGAAAUUAAGUUAAAGAUUAUAAAAACAUACCAUAACGGGAGAGAGCUAUUUGAAUCAUCACUUUGUGGCGAUUUGCUUAAUGAAGUACAAGCUUAUGAGACUUCACAGAGAAAACAUGAACGUAAAAAGGAAAAAAGGAAAAAAAGCAAGCACAAUUUGCACAAACGAGAGGAACAUGUUCUAGCACCAGUUGUAGAACAGAGUCCUGAACAAGAUCAUGAACUACAAUCAGUCCAGGUGCAGGCUGAAAAGUCCAAGCUUGAAGAGAUGCACCAGAAUCGCAAACCUCCCAAAACUACUCCAAAAGAGCAAAAAGUUCAGAAGCACUUUCCCACAGUCAUUGUUGGUCGAAGCUGUUGCAUGGACCACCAGGUUGGAGAUCUUGUAUGGUCCAAAGUUGGAACCUAUCCUUGGUGGCCUUGUAUGGUAUCAUGUGAUCCUCAGUUAAAUGUUCAUACCAGAAUAAACUCACGAGGUCACCGUGAAUAUCAUGUGCAGUUUUUUGGAAGCAUACCUGAAAGAGCAUGGAUUCAUGAGAAGAGGGUAGUGAUAUAUGAAGGCAGCUAUCAGUUUGACCAGUUGCAGGCAGAAACACUCAGGCAAGCCUCAAACCAAGCAAAGCGGCACAAGCUUCUGAGGCCUAUCCCACAAAGAGAGCGUGCUCAGUGGGAUAUUGGCAUUGGACACGCAGAGGAUGCACUUCAGAUGACAAGAGAGGAAAGAAUUGAGAACUAUACAUUUAUUUAUGUGGACAAAGAACCUGAACAUUUCCCACCUCAGCCAGAAAAAAAUAGUCAAGCUGCCAAAUUGGAUAACAAGAAAACACGUGGGUCUAGGACUGCAGCUAGCCCUCAGCCUGACUCUGUGACAGAUGCAAUACCUUCAGUUGCAGCUGAAGUAACUUCCACACAACCCAGUCCUGAGAACAGACGGCAACGCCCAAGAAGGCAGUGCACCUCAAGCACCACUGAGGAGCCACCGUUGCCGCCCCCAUCUGUGGUAAAACCCCCCUGGAAGACAGCUGCUGCCAGAAAGUUGCUUCCCCCUUGUAUCACCAUGAAAAAAGUGAGUGUGGAGCUACAGCACUGUGAAGCUCUCCCUAUGCCUGAUAAAGUUCCAGCACCAUUAAAAAUAAAGGAAGAGGCGGAGGAGGAAGACAAAUUUGAGCAGAUGGAUUAUGGUCCACGGGUUGCAGCAAGUAAACCUGAAGUUACAUUGAGGGAACAGGAAAAAACUAUUGUCUGUCAAAUGAGCAGGAGGAGUGAACAUAAUUUAGGACAACAUUCCAUGGCUGUUGAAACUCCACCAGGUGCUUAUUGUGAAAGAAAACAGCAGAGACGAUCAGUGAGAAGUCGUUCAGAGUCUGAAAAGAUUGCUGAGCCUGUACCUAAGAAGAAAGUUAAGAAAGAACAGGCAGAGACCUUGCCCCAAGCAACAUUAAAAACUGGAUCUCAAAAAGGUGCUAGUGAAAUUUCUGAUUCUUGCAAACCUUUAAAGAAAAGGAGUCGAGCUUCAACAGAUGUAGAAAUGGCUAGCUCUCAGUACAGAGAUACAUCUGACUCUGACUCAAGAGGUCUGAACGACCCACAGUUGGGUAAACAGUCUACAAGUCCUGCAGCAACUGAUGUGGAUGGUUCUGAUGCACAGUCUGUGGAUUCUAGUUUAUCUAGGCAAGGAUCAAACACUGCCAAAAAAGACACAGUAUGUCAGAUUUGUGAGAGCUAUGGUGACACCCUUGUUGCAUGUGAAGGAGACUGCUUUAGACUGUUCCACCUUGAAUGCCUUGGGAUGAACAAACUCUCUGAAGGAAAAUUUAUCUGCUUGGAAUGCAAAAAAGGUGCUCAUACUUGCUUUUCUUGUAAGAUGUCGGGAACAUCAGGGUCUGAGGUGAAGCGCUGCCUAGUCACUGGAUGUGGCCGGUUUUAUCAUGAGUCUUGUGUACGCAAGUACUCCACACCAGUUUUUGAGUCUAAAGGAUUUCGCUGUCCACAGCACAGCUGUGCAACUUGCAUGUUGGAGAGAGACCUUCACAAAGCAACUAAAGGGCGCAUGAUGAGAUGUUUUCGCUGUCCAAUAGCCUAUCAUACAGGAGAUAGCUGCAUUGCUGCAGGCAGUGUUGUGCUCACUCCCCACAUUAUUAUUUGUAGCAAUCAUACGGGUACCAAAAAGAAUGGACACAUACCAUCUCCUGUAAAUGUAGGCUGGUGUUUCAUCUGUGCCAGAGUUUGUUUGCAGACCAGUAUGAACAGGAUUUUAGUGCAGGACCAUUCUGACAGCUUAUUAUGUUCGUAUGCCUAUAAGUCCCACUAUCUUCUGACCGAGUCAAAUCGUGCUGAGUUGAUGAAAUUACCUAUGAUUCCUUCCUCUUCGUCAGCUACCAAAAAGAAUUGUGGGAAAGGUGGAAGACUGCUAUGCUGUGAGUCCUGUCCUGCAUCCUUUCAUCCUGAUUGUUUAAAUAUAAGUAUGCCAGAUGGAGUAUGGUUCUGCAACGAGUGUAAAAUUGGGAAAAAACCUCGCUACAAGCAGAUUGUGUGGGUCAAACUUGGAAAUUACAGAUGGUGGCCAGCAGAAAUUUGCAAUCCUCGAUUGGUACCAUUCAACAUUCAAACCUUGAAACAUGACAUUGGAGACUUUCCAGUAUUUUUCUUUGGCUCUCAUGACUACUACUGGAUAAACCAAGGCCGUGUCUUUCCAUAUGUAGAAAGUGACAAAGGUUUUGCUGAUGGUCAAAUUAGUAUUAACAAGACAUUCAAAAAAGCCCUUGAAGAAGCUGCAAAAAGAUUCCAGGAACUCAAAGCCCAAAGAGAAAGCAAGGAGGCACUAGAAAUGGAGAGAAAUUCCAGAAAGCCACCACCCUACAAGUUUAUUAAGUUCAACAAACCUUUUGGAAAAGUUCAGAUCCAUGUAGCAGAUCUCUCUGAGAUCCCACGAUGUAACUGCAGGCCUACAGAUGAAAAUCCUUGUGGACUGGACUCACAGUGUCUUAAUCGAAUGUUGCAGUAUGAGUGUCACCCACAGGUGUGCCCUGCAGGAGAGAACUGCCAAAACCAAUGUUUCUCCAAGCGUCUCUAUCCAGAAACAGAGGUUAUUAAGACUGAUGGUCGUGGAUGGGGUCUUAAAACAAAACAGGAUUUAAAAAAGGGUGAAUUUGUGAAUGAAUACGUUGGAGAAGUGAUCGAUUCGGAGGAGUGCAGGCAACGUAUCAAACUGGCUCAUGAAAACCACGUCACCAAUUUCUACAUGCUUACGCUAACAAAGGAUCGAAUCAUUGAUGCUGGACCCAAAGGGAACUACUCUCGUUUCAUGAACCACAGCUGUAAUCCAAACUGUGAGACACAAAAAUGGACAGUCAGUGGUGAUGUCAGAAUUGGACUGUUUGCCCUUUGUGAUAUACCAGCUGAUACUGAGCUGACUUUCAAUUACAAUCUGGAUUGUCUGGGCAAUGGAAGAACCACUUGCCACUGUGGAGCAGACAAUUGUAGUGGGUUUUUAGGAGUCAGACCCAAGAGUGCAGUGGUUAUUGAAAAGGAGGAGAAAGCCAAGAAUGCUAAAUUAAAAGCAAAAAAGCGCAAAAUUAGACCUGAGGCAAAGCAGACACAUGAAUAUUUUUGUUUUCACUGUGGAGAAGGGGGAGAAUUGGUGAUGUGUGAUAAAAAAGACUGCUCUAAGGCAUACCAUCUUUUAUGCCUCAAUCUGACCAAGCCACCACAUGGUCGAUGGGAAUGUCCUUGGCAUCAGUGUAGCAUCUGUAAGAAUACAUCAGUCUCUUUCUGUGAGUUCUGCCCCAACUCUUUCUGUAAGGAGCAUGAGAAAGGGUCUUUGGUGCACUCAUCUCUGGAAGGUCGUCUGUGCUGUUCCAACCACAAUCCCAAAUGUCCUCUGUCUCCGGAAUCAUUUAGUAAAGUGAAAAUCAAGGAGGAGCCACAAGACCAAGGAGAAGGAAUGGCAGAAUGAGCCUGGUGUUUUUUUUUAACACUUACAGAAAUAUAUUAAGUAACUUUGUCAAAAAAAAUCUUGAUAUAUAAUUUAUGAAACUGGAAGAUAUUUUCUUUGUCUGGCAUUCACAGCAAAUAGUUUUUUAAGACUUUCAAAUCUAACUUUUCAGCUGUUUACAGCAGUUUUUAAUGCAGCAGACCAGGAUCUGUUUUGCGAGAGGAAUCAACAUUUUUAUUUUGAUUGAAGAGAAGAACCAAAUUUAGCAGUAUUGGUAAAGGCACUUUUAGAAAAAAAACUUGCUGAUGUUCAACGAGUUGCCUAUGUGCUGUACUUGUUUACCUGCUGUGAGCUGUGGUUGUCUGGUUUAUCUUGAUAAUGCCAAUGUAUUUUCAUUUUAUGCCUUGCAAUUUGUUAAGGCCAUAAGACUGAGCUGAUUCAUAACUCUUACACUUGGCUUAUCACUUUAAAAAUAAGACUUUUUUUCUGUAUGUGUGUGUGCGCGGGUGUAUAUGUGUGUGUAUUAUAUAUAUGU